CUGUUAAUAUUAUUACACUGGUUCCCGUGUCUGUUAGAAUUCAUUUUAUUUAAGCGAUCUACGUGUCACCGACAACUUACACGUCGAAUCAGCUUCGUUUUGACAAAGGAUUUCUUCCGUGGUGUAACACAUACACUUAGCGGGAACCGAGAACAAAGAAACGGGCUGGUGGGUAUACCCGGCCGCGACCCCUCUGCGACAUACCACCGUACAAGCGGAUUAGCUCUUGCUAUUUAUCCUCUGCAUCCGUGGAAUUAAAUUUGAACCCCCGAACACUGCUUUGGACGACUUUCCUUUGUAACGAUCGUAAUAAUAAACACUGUAGUUCACCCCAGAGUGUAUAACUGCAGUACUAACAUGUGCCUCUAAAUUCACCCAAAGAACAGCGUUGAGUUGUCUCUGAUCGAUUUCAUCCCGCUGAAAUUUGGUUUCGUGGAUUUUAUUUAUUUAUUUAUUUAUUUUGUGAUUGGACAUCUUCCGACUCCCUUUGAGGUCCCCGUUGUGUCCGAGACUGACGAGGCGGCGCUUUGAAGUUGCAAGCCUUUGUUUCCCCGCAGACCAAGAUGAGCCUUAACAAGCAGCAGACAGCAUCUCGGACCCUCCCGCUGAGGCUGAAGAGGGUUGAUUUCGAGGACCCCAAGGAUACUGACACUCCCAAAUGCAAGCGCCCCCGCUUCAGCCAGCCGCCCUCCUCUCCGGGGCUGCCCCCCCUCUCCCAGAGCCCCUGUCCUGGGGUCUUGGACCACAGCAUCUCCCGGGUUGGGCCCUAUGUGCUGCUGGAGGCCACUGAGGGAGGCCACUCCUACAGCGCUGUCCACAGCGUCACCGAUCAGGAGUACACAUGCAAGGUGCUGUCCAUGAAGAGGUACCAUGAGCUGAUCGCCCCUUACGCCCGGCUGCCGGCCCAUGAGCACAUCAGCAGGAUCGCGGAGAUCGUCACGGGGGAGCACAGCGUGUACGUGUUCUUCGCACGCAGUCACGGCGACAUGCACUCCUACGUGCGCUCGUGCAAGCGGCUGCGCGAGGAGGAGGCCUCGUCCCUCUUCAGGCAGAUGGCGGAGGCCGUGGCGCACUGCCACCAGCAUGGCGUGGUCCUGCGAGACCUGAAGCUGCGCAAGUUUGUGUUCACAGACAAGCAGAGAACUAAGCUGGUACUGGAAAACCUUGAAGAUUCUUGCCUCCUUAAAGGGGAAGACGACUCGUUGACUGACAAACACGGCUGCCCGGCGUACGUGGGACCAGAGAUCCUGAACUCCAAGCACUCCUAUUCUGGGAAGGCCGCGGACGUCUGGAGUCUGGGGGUGGUGCUCUACACCAUGCUGGUGGGAAAUCAGCCAGGAAUUGACAUUUGGGGUAUUUGUAUUUCAAGCCUUCGGAAGGUGACUGAUGGAGUGUUGCAAACGUGA